AUGGAUGAACCUGUUGGUGGUUCAUUGCGACGAUCAACCAUUGGAAAUACCGAUGGAUCAACCUGUUGGUGGUUCCUUCGAACGAUCAACGACCUGCAAUACCCAUGGAUGAACCUGUCGAUGGUUCAUUGGGAUGAUCAAUCGUUGGAAAUACCCGAGAAUGAACCUGUUGGUGGUUCAUUCCAACGAUCAAUCGUCGGCAAUACCGAUGGAUCAACCUGUUGGUGGUUCAUUGUGACGAUCAACCAUUGGAAAUACCAAUGGAUCAACCUGUUGAUGGUUCAUUGGAAUGAUCAAUGGAUGACAAUAGUGGUUGUGUAA